AUGCCACCUAAAACUAGUAAAAGUUCGGCUUCCUCUCAGCCCCUCAUCGGCCCAGCACUCGCUGCUGCCUCCUCGGCCUCGAGUGAUGCGUCUCCUCCAAGAGAGAAGCCUGCUUCCCCCGUUCUCGCCAAAGAGCUUACAGCUCUAAAAUCGGACAUUAUACAAGCGGUAACCUCAGAGAUCACGCGUGCACUUACAGCUGAGUUCCACGCUAUCUCCAGGGAGUAUCAUUCCAAACUUCAGACGGAGCUCCAGGAGAUGAAAUCCGAGCUACUUCGAGACAACGCGUCGCUGAGAGCGGAGCUCGGGUCAGUCGUGCGCACCGUUUCUGAAGUUGAAACCUCCCUGUCGGGACUCUCGGAUGAGGUUGUGGGACUCAGGGCGAAAGUUGAAUCCCUCACCAGUGAGCUUGCUAGAGUCGACGCUAAAUGCGAGGACUUGGAGGCUCGAUCGCGUCGUCAGAACAUCAGGAUUAUCGGCGUACCUGAGGGUGAUUCACGAUUCACUUUAUCCAACUCCACUGUUUCGGAGCUUUUGCGGGAAGCCCUUUCUUUGGAAAAAAGCCCACUUGUGGACAGAGCUCACCGUUCUUUGGCGCCUCGCCCAAAACCUGAUGAACCCCCUCGCCCAAUAAUAGUGAAGUUACACUAUUUUGAGGACUGUGUUCGGAUUCUCAGAGAAGCAAGAAAUCGUCCGUGCAUCACAUUCUCUGAUAUGAAUCUCUCCAUCUACCCUGAUCUCACCUCCAAAGUGGCUAAGGCAAGAGCGGCUUUCAACACAGUCAGAAGGAAACUUCGUUCAAUGGACGGGGUAAAAUAUGCUGGAAUCAAUGCUUUAACAACUGUUACUGGAGACAGAGGAAGUUCAGUUGAGAUCAGAUGCUCCUAUGAUUCUGGAUAUGAGACCAACAUGAAGUAUCUCUGCAGAGGAGAAUGUUCUACUCUACCUUUUGGAAAUAAGGACAUCCCUGUUAAAUCUGGAUCUACAGCUAAAGAUCAGAGAUUCUCUCUGAAAGACGAUACAGCAGCCGGAGUCUUCACCGUCACCAUCACUGACCUGAGACCAGAGGAUGCAGGACAAUACUGGUGUGUGGUAAAAAGAUCUUAUCGAGUUUCUCCUGAUUACACAGAGAUUCAGCUGCUGGUUAAGACUGAUGCUCCAAAACCACUUGUCUUUAAUUCCACGUUGACUCCAGUAUCAGUACAGAUACAAUCAACACACCUCCCUCUUUUGGCAAUUACAGAGUUCAUCAUUCUGUACGGGCUGGUUUCACUGCUGAUCGCGGCAAUCUCUGUUGGUGUUUUAGUCUGUUUCUGCAAAAGGAGGAAAACUAGAGAUGCUGAAACCUCUGAUGGGUCACAGGCAGAUGUGGGAGGAGUCAGGGAUGGAGCUGAUUAUGAAAAUGAUCCAACUAGAAACCCAAACUCCAUGGCAGUUCUUCCAAUUUACCAAAGUCUAGACCCUAAAACCAACCAGCCAGAUUCAAUCUAUCAAACCUUAAAUCCCAACACCAACCAAUCAGAUUCAAUCUACCAGAGCAUCCUCCAAAGAACGUCUCAGUGUCCCUCUGGUGGAAUAGUGGAGGGAAGUUCAGUGACUCUGACCUGCAGAAGUGCUGCAAAUCCACCUGUGGAGAACUACACCUGGUAUAAGGGAUCAGCGUUAAUCGGACAUGAUCCAACCUACACCAUCCCCAAGUUCAGCUCUGAGGACAGUGGCGAGUACAGGUGUGAAUGCAGCAAUGCAGAAGGUUCUGCUGCUGUGACUCUGAAUUUAGUUGCAGGCCGUUCCAUAGCUGUUUAUAUAGCUGUUGGACUAUCUGUUUUUGGACUUGCUGCUCUUCUUGUUGUAAUAAUCUGGAUCGUAAAGAGGCAGAAGAAAAGAGCCAGAAUGAGGCAACGGGAUUAUCAGAAUGUUGUCCCUGCUGUACAGAAUGACGCCACCAACGUAGCUCCUCAACCCAAACCAAGGCCCCCUGAUCGCGUCCACUACUACAACCGAGCAGAUACGGUUGGUCAGUCUAUGUCCAUUGAUGAUACCUAUACAGCUCUGGACCUGCAGACCAGGUCUACUGAUGAGGACUACACAGCUCUGGACCCCAGGUUAACUGAGUACAACAAUGUCUGAAAGACUUUCAAAAAUUAUACCCAUUGAAAAAAAUGAACAAAAAACUAAUAAAAGUGUCUUUUUUGCAUUUACAGAUAUGGUUGUUAUAAACUCUUCCAAAUUAAACUUUUUUUUUUCUUUUUUAAUUGUAAAUCUAAUAACACAUAACUAUUCAACUGGUACUGGUCAAUCUCAGGCAGCUUUACUAAAAUUUUCUAAUUCUAAUCCGAAGAUGGUUACAAAUCUCAUGUGAUAUUUAAAAAGCAAGUCUGUUUUGAGUAACAGCAAUUAAAGAAAAAACGACUAAAAAAUAGUGAUAAAAAUGGCGCCCAUUUAGUGGAAUGGCCCAUAAAUGUUUUUGCUUAUCAUUAAUCAUCUGCAUUUUUGUUUCUAUGGUAU